GAAGUAAAGCUGAUUAAAAUACAAACAAAUUCUGAGCCUUCUCUUCUUUAACCCUGUCUCUCUCUCUAUGAGUUGUGUACUGUUUUUCUUCGCAAUGCAGUUUGCCUAACACGUCAUUCAGGGAAUGGCCAAGUGUCAGCGAAACGACCUCGCAUCUGUGAUCCUCGACCGCCCUUCCACCAGCUCCGGCGGCCACUUUCGCUUAUGGAACUCCUUCUCCGGCUCUUCACUCCGCCGCAAAUUAUUCGACGCCUUCAGCUGCGGUGGCAGCUCCAGAUACCGUCACCGCCACAACGACUACGAUUUCACCACAAGCGCCAGAUCGGCUUCCGAGAAUCCGAAGCCCAAGGCACCGGAAAAGCCUCGAGGAGUCAAGUCCGAGAAGCUCUCGGAUCUUCUAAGCAUGGCGGACUCUCCGGAGACCGUAACCGACUUCGAGACGAAGAAGAAGGAGGAGGCACUGGAGGAGCUGAAGCUCGUGGCGAAGGAACUCCAGGCCGAGGACUCGGAGAAGAGAAAGGCUGCAGCGAGCACAGUGAGGCUGCACUCCAAGGAAGACUCGGAGGCUAGAGUCACUCUGGCGAUGCUCGGAGCGAUCCCUCCUUUGGUCGGAAUGCUGGAUUCGGAAGAUCUCGAAUCUCAGAUCGCUUCGCUCUAUGCGCUGCUUAAUCUCGGGAUCGGAAACGAUGCGAACAAAGCGGCCAUUGUCAAAGCCGGUGGUGUUCACAAGAUGCUAAAGCUGAUCGAAUCUCCAAAUGCUCCAAACCCGUCAGUCUCCGAAGCUGUAGUGGCGAAUUUCCUUGGCUUGAGCGCAUUGGAUUCAAACAAGCCCGUGAUUGGAUCAUCGGGUGCAAUCCCAUUCUUGGUGAAAACCCUUCAGAAUUCAGACCAUGAAAGUAGUAGCCCCCAAUCCAAGCAAGAUGCAAUCCGAGCUCUCUACAAUCUCUCAAUCUUCUCGCUGAACAUUUCGUUUGUUUUGGAAACCAACUUGGUCCCCUUUUUAUUGAAAUCGCUGGGUGAUAUGGUAGUAAGCGAAAGAAUCCUUGCAAUCCUUGGCAAUGUGGUAUCUACCCCAGAAGGUCGAAAGGCGAUAAGUGUGGUGUCAGAUGCUUUCCCAAUAUUGGUUGAUGUUUUGAAUUGGACCGAUUCACCGGGUUGCCAAGAGAAGGCAUCCUACAUUUUGAUGGUCAUGGCACACAAAGGCUAUGGUGAUAGGCAAGCAAUGAUCGAGGCUGGCAUUGUAUCAUCCUUGCUAGAAUUAACCCUUUUGGGUAGCACAUUAGCGCAGAAGAGGGCUUCAAGGAUCCUGGAGUGUUUUAGAGUGGAUAAAGGGAAGCAAGUUACAGAGAGUUUUGGUGGGAGUUUAGGUGGUGCAGCGGUGUCAGCUCCUAUCUGUGGUGGUGGGUCUUCAUCGUCUUCUACAAACCCAAUUGCCGGGGGUUCAGAUGAGUGUUUGGAGGAGGCAGAAUAUAACAUGAGUGAGGAGAAGAAAGCAGUGAAGCAGCUAGUCCAACAGAGUUUGCAGAACAACAUGAGGAGAAUUGUGAAAAGAGCAAAUUUGCCACAAGAUUUUGUUCCCUCAGAUCAUUUCAAGUCUCUCACAACAAGUUCGACUUCGAAGAGCUUGCCCUUUUGAGGAAGAAGAUUCAUAGAUUAAGUCAGCUUUUCAGUGCAGAUAAAAAAUAGGAGACAUUUCGUCCCCCACCACCACCACCAGCAGGAGCUAUAUGAUAUAAAUAUAUGUACAGUAAUUGUGUCCUUUCCUUGCGGGGUAUUGUCAUUUUGCAACAAUUAUUAUUUUUUCCGUGUACUCAAUAUUUUCUGUCUGGUUCUGGUGUAAAUUUCAUGUGGCAACGAAAAUCUUACUCAAUAUUUUUGUGUAGAUCA